AUGGCAUCUGCUGCAGACCUGCCCGUCGCCGUUGAGGGCCUCACCAUCCAUUCGACGUCCGAGACCUCCAAGUUCCCCAACUGCUAUCCCUCGUUAAACCCCGUGGAUAUCUACCGAGAGCACAUUGCGGAGAAGCUGGGUGCCGCUACGGGCAUUGAGCCCGAGAAGAUCUACACCAAGCUGCAAUGGACAAAUACAUUGGACAAGGGUGAUUUGCUUCUGCCGGUUCCCUCCUUGCAAAUCAAGAAGAACCCUCAGGAGCUGUGCAAGGAACUUGCGGAGAAGUUCCCCGAGUCCGAUCUGGUCUCACCUCCUGUUGCCUUCGGCGUGCAUCUGCAGUUCUUCUUCAAGCCUGGCCCUCUCACCCAGACCGUCGUCCCCCGCAUCCUGAAGGAGAAGGCCACCUUCGGUACCAAUGGCAACAUGGGCCUGCAGGAUCCCUCGGACCCUUCCAAGGGCAAGAAGAGAAUCAUUGUUGAGUUCUCGUCGCCGAACAUCGCCAAGCCCUUCCACGCCGGUCACCUCCGGAGUACCAUCAUUGGAGGUUUCCUGGCCAACCUGUACACCGUCAUGGGUUGGGAUGUCAUCAAGAUGAACUACCUUGGUGACUGGGGCAAGCAGUACGGUCUUCUCGCCAACGGAUUCAAGCUUUUCGGUAACGAGGAGGAGCUGCUCAAGAACCCCAUCAACCAUCUGUUCGACGUUUAUGUGAAGAUCAACCAGAUUGUCGGACAGCAGGAGGGCCCCAUCAAGGAGCUGAAGGAGCAGAUCAAGGCCAAGAAGGAGAAGAGCGAGGAUGUGUCUGAGCUUGAGGCUGAGCUCGCGAAGCUCGUCGAUGUUAGCGAGGAUGAGAAGGCCCGUCGUUACUUCAAGAGCAUGGAGGACGGUGACCAGGAUGCUCUGGCGCUGUGGCGCCGAUUCCGUGAUCUCAGUAUCGAGAAGUACAAACAGACCUAUGCUCGUCUCAACAUUGACUUCGAUGUGUACUCUGGCGAGUCCCAGAUUAAGAACGAGAGCAUGACCGCAGCCUACCAGUCCAUGGAGAAGGCUGGCGUUUCGGAGAAGUCCGAGGGUGCCGUCAUCGUCGACUUCACCAAGCAUGGUGCCAAGAAGCUCGGCAAGGCCAUCAUUGUCCGCAAGGAUGGCACUCCUCUGUACCUGACCCGUGAUAUCGGUGCCAUCAUGGAGCGUGACGAGGCCUACCACUUCGACAAGAUGAUCUAUGUUGUUGCCGCUCAGCAGGAUCUCCACUUGGCUCAGCUGUUCAAGAUCACCGAGCUGAUGGGUCACAAGGAUCUGGCCAGCCGCUGCCAGCACAUCAACUUCGGCAUGGUCCGGGGCAUGAGCACCCGCAAGGGUACCGUCAAGUUCCUGGAUGACAUUCUGCGGGAUGUCGCCGACAAGAUGCACGAAGUCAUGAAGAAGAACCAGGAGAAGUACGACCAGGUCGAGAACCCCGAGGCGGUGGCCGAUAUCCUGGGUCUCACUUCGGUCAUGGUACAGGACAUGACCGGCAAGCGUAUCAACGGUUACGACUUCAACCUUGAAGCGAUGACCUCGUUCGAGGGUGACACCGGUCCCUACCUGCAAUACGCCCACGCCCGUCUCUGCUCCAUGGGCCGCAAGUCCGGCCUGAGCGUUGAGGAGCUCGACUCCGCCAACCUCGACCUCCUGACCGAGACCCACGCCACCGAUCUCAUCCGCCUGCUGGCCACCUGGCCCGAUGUCCUGCUGAACACCACCAAGACCCUGGAGCCCACGACUAUCAUCAACUACCUGUUCCGCAUGACACACAUCCUCAGCUCCGGCUACGACUCGCUCAAGGUCGUCGGCAGCGAGCCCGAGGUCAAGAAGGCCCGUAUGGCUCUGUACGCGGCCGCCAGACAAGUAUUGCACAACGGCAUGAGGGUUCUGGGUCUCAGCCCUGUUGAACGGCCUCUGCUAGUUUCCGCAGCUUGGCGAGUAUACCCCAGAAUCCAGAUAAAGGAGGAUUAUUUUGAGACAACAUCCGAGCCCCUUUUUGAAAGUGCGAGCACGGCGACAAUCCGUGAGCAUUUCCAGAAAUGGGCCACGACUGCUAUUCAGGAAGAGUCAGGCGGCUCGCCUGAUAUGAUUCGGUACUCUAACGUUGAAGCAGCGCGCUAUCGGUUCUGUCUUUUUGUUGAACAGUCCUUGCAGAGUGUUCUUCAGGCACCUUAUUGA